AUGAAGCGUCUUGUCAUCCUGCCCCACCUCAACCUACGCCGGCUCAGACACCCGCUCACUUGCCCCAAGCAACCGCAACUCCGCCUCCAGGUCUCCGAGCUCAAGCUGGUUGAGCAGCUGCACUCCUCCUUUCCCUCCUUGCUGUCGAGUCCAACCAAGGGAACAACGAAGCCAAAGAAGGAAGAAGGAUUGGCUCAGGCAAUCACUGCCAUCGACCGGGCCUUUGGGAGCAAAGAUGAGGAGGCAUGGGAGCUACGAGCCCCCAGUGGCCCCUGA